CAGGGAGGGAGAUCCUAAAUAUUUGACAUUUCAGUUCAACCCUUGUCAACAAGAUUUAGGAAAAAUAAAAACCGGCAGGUAUCUUUUAGAUAGACAAAAGCAAAGAUUAAAAUGGUUACGUUUGCUCCCGAUGAGGUCGGCCUAGCAGACAAAACCCCUUGUGCUGGGAUUCGAGCCGAUCUCAAGAUGUGUUUACUGGCCAGCGAUUGUUGCAAAAAGGAGAAAAAGACUCCGAGGGAUUGCCUUAGAGAAGGAGCUGUGCCUGAAGAGUGUGCUCAACUUAGACAAAGCUUCUUUGAGUGUAAACGAUCUCUAUUGGAUAAUAGGCGAAGGUUCCGUGGCCCCAAAGGGUAUUAAAACCCUUUAAGGAAUUCAUUAAAUUGCAUAGAAACAAAUUGUAGAAGUAUUAAUUUUACUAAUAUUAAGUGUUAUAUAUUGUUUAAUAUAAUUUGAUUCAUA